CCGUGUCUCAAACAUCAAUUGCUGCUCGCUUCCUAUUGUCAUCCUUUCUUUCCCACUCUCCCCUCCUCCUAUAAUUUCAGUUCUGACCUUGCCCGUCUGACGGUGCAAUUCUCCUUCUCUUCUUUGCGUCCCGUCUUUUUCUCUCAUUCCCACCCGUCAGUCGCCAUGCAAGCCUUUCGCCGGAACGCGGUCUCUGCCCUUCGCAACGCUGCUGCCACCCAGCGCCGCGCAUACACUCCUGGUUCUUACGCUGAGACUGUCAACAACCUUCGCAUCAAUGCCGAUACCAAGGUUCUUUUCCAGGGCUUCACUGGAAAACAAGGAACUUUUCACGCUGAGCAGGCGAUCGCCUACGGUACUAAGGUUGUUGGCGGUACCAACCCCAAGAAGGCCGGCUCUACACAUCUAGACCUCCCAGUUUUCGCCAAUGUCAGCGAGGCUGUCAAGGAGACUGGUGCCACUGCUUCGGCCAUUUUUGUCCCUCCUCCUCUCGCUGCUAAGGGUAUUGAGGAGGCCAUUGAGGCUGAGGUGCCUUUGGUUGUCUGUAUCACUGAGGGUAUUCCCCAGCACGACAUGGUCCGUAUCACCGAUAUCCUGAAAACCCAGAACAAGACUCGUCUUGUUGGGCCUAACUGUCCUGGUAUCAUUGCUCCCGGUCAAUGCAAAAUUGGUAUCAUGCCUGGUUUCAUUCACAAGCGGGGCCGUGUUGGUAUUGUUUCUCGUUCCGGUACUCUCACAUACGAGGCCGUGAACCAGACCACUCAGGCUGGACUCGGUCAGUCCCUCGUUGUCGGUAUUGGUGGUGACCCCUUCUCUGGCACCAACUUCAUCGAUUGCCUGCGUAUCUUCCUCGAGGAUGAGGAGACUGAUGGUAUCAUCAUGAUCGGUGAAAUCGGUGGUAGUGCCGAAGAGGAUGCUGCCGAGUUCUUCAAGGCCAACAACAAGCACAACAAGCCUGCUGUUGGUUUCAUUGCUGGUAUCAGUGCUCCACCGGGCCGCCGUAUGGGCCACGCCGGUGCCAUCGUCAGCGGCGGCAAGGGAGGUGCUGACUCUAAGAUCUCUGCUCUGGAGAGCGCUGGUGUUGUUGUUGAGCGCAGCCCGGCUUCCCUUGGCAAGUCUCUGCUUGCCGAAUUCGUGAAGAGAGACCUUGUCUAAUUCUGAUCGCAAACACCUUCAUUUAUAUUCAGCACGAGGCUGUGUGGGUCGCCGUCCUGACGCUCGGUCGACAGUUCAAGACGCCACUGAAAAGCAUCGAGGCGAUGAUUGUUAAUCUCCUGCUCUCUGCUAGAUUCCCGUACUUCAUCUGAAGUUCUUUUUGGAGCUCUUCUGUACUUUUUCUGUCAUUGUCAUUUCAAGUUUUAGAGGCGGUAGGAGGUAAUUAGUUUCCUGUAAAUCUUGAAUAAUCUAUC